AUGUUUUCUGCUCAGGGAGGUGUUUCCGUGACCGCAGCGUCCGCUCGACCCCGGCGACGACAGAGACCUAGAUCAGAAGACGGCUUCCAACCUCCACGAGCAAAGAGACAACGGUCAGCGAAGCAUGCUGAAGCUAGCGGAGAUACAGAGCUCGACACGGCAGCAUAUGAACAAGUGCAUUGUUUAGCAGGAGACGGAGACCUUGAAGGUGGCCCUUCGUUCGCUGGCGGCGACACGUCUAUCGACCUCCCUGUGCGCGGUCGUAAGGAGUCAGAUCGACAUACCUAUGAUUCUCAUUCAACUCUUAUAUGCUACUCGAGUUUCCGCCUUGCCAGUGCCUCUCCAGGGGUCUUCAGGUACGCUAUCCUUAUAUCUCAGGUUUACCGCGUAUUAACUGCCGAAAUAACAACUCUAGCCCCAUUUCGAUGCGUUAUAUCACCAGAACAUGCAAACUCCCUCAUUCUCACUCACAACCAGGCCUAUGUUUGGGCCUAUUCGUCCGGUUCCUCCUCCAUCAGUCCAAGUGAUUUCUCUACAUUUAACAUACCUGAACCAUCCCCGAGACACAUCGACCCUUUGCCACUUGGCGCAUUCACGUCAAGCUCUUCGACAAGCGAUGCGGGCAUGUUAGUAGUGAUACCAGCUACGGGGAAGAUUACAUUCUGGCAAACUAUUUCGAAUAACGUUAUCAUCGGCCUGAUAAAACAGAAGUGCAACACAGUUCAUGGCUCAAUACCUGGAAUGAUGUCUGGAGAAUUUGUUACAGGCCUACUUAAUGCGGAGCCAUCUGGUUUCAUCAUCACUCUUUCUACUGGUCGCCGGCGGGAUAUUUGGAGGGCUAAUGAAUGGCGGUCGAUCACACAGCGUGGCCAGCGUGAGGUCGUCAUUGCGACUAGCUCAGGAUUGAUUGAAAUCUGGGAUAUACACUGGAACAACGGCAGUGGCUUGAAGAUACGCAUGGAUGCAAUGCCCGAGUUAAACAGGGCGCUCAAAGGCACGGGCCUGUUCUCUGAAGACGGUUCUCUUACAUCAGUGCAAGUCCUGGACUUUGCAAUCAAAGACAGCGGCAAAGGUUCAAACGAUGCGGAACAUGACCUCUCGCUCUGGGUCUUAUUCUCCGUCACUGGAGAGAGCACUUCAUACUUCAUUGUUGACUUGGCCUUUCCAGAUAACCGUCCGGAAGCUGAUCAGAUCUUCAAAAUUGAUUAUCAGGGCCCGCUACAAGACUCUGUCGACUAUACCCCAAAGAUUUAUGUCCCCCGUCCCGGUAAAAGUGCCUUUAUUGUUUUCAAAAACGCAACUGCCCUCGUGUCACUAGUACCAACGGAAAACUCUACAGAAGACGGUACACCUGAGUUCCAGGACCUUGUUCGAUUUCGGGAUCGAGAUAACUUUGUGGUUAUUGGAUCGACUCUAGAUAAUGGUGGUGACGAACAUCGUCAAGCCUGUUGUGUACUGGUUAUCCAAAACUACGGACUUGUCCAUCUGUCCAGCUUGCAUUUGAAGCCUGAAGGGAUACAAGAUGCACAGCUGACGACUAAGCUGCGCCUUGAACAGAUUGUCUUCUUUGAAAAUGCCAAAGAUAACCCCAUUAACUUCCACCAUUACAAGGAAUUAUCCUCGAAACCCCGCCUUGAAGAAGCAAUUUUGAAUAUAACUGACGAAAUCCUUCGUUCGAGCUCGAGGUACAUUUCCUCCAUAGCGGCAUCUUUAGAACAUCAAAUGACACUGAGAUCCAAUGCUCUACAAGCUCUUGCAAAGUAUAUCAAGGACAAACAUGUUGAACUCAGCUAUUCGAUCCGAUGGCAGCUCCUCUGGGACGCAGAAAAAAUGGCAGCGAGUAAAGCGAUCUGGGCUCUUUAUAAUGACCUCAAGAAAAGAUAUCCUGAAAAGGAUUUGUACCUUGGACAUUUGAUCGAGACCAUGGGAGAACAGUUUAGGAGCCCCAUUAGGGACGGAGACGGGCCGGAGGACCCAAUCAGGCACUGGUUCAUCUAUGAUACUUGGCAGAUGGAACAUAUCAUUCCAUGGAUAAUGAAUGGCAUUCGAGUCGCCUAUAACAAGCCACAGAGUGUGACGCGGGACUUUAUCGACAAGCUGUGGCAGGCAAGCGAGAUCUCACUCGCUGCAUUAGAAACCGCGUUCACCUUCCGUCGAGAAAAUGCACACUUGUAUGGAAUCGAUGAUGCUUCAUUAUCUUUGAGAAACCCACAGUGCGCUGAGCUUCCCGAAUUCUGGACCUCACUGGACGUUAAUUACGACGAGACAGAAAAUCUGCUAGACACGGAACUAAAUUCAUGCAUUCAGUGGAUGCGACAACUGUCCCAGAGCAGCAAAACAGACCCCGACGACAGCCCGGCCAAGGCUCUCGAGAGAAAUCUUUCCCGUCAAUUUGCAGUCGUCUCACAAAUCUACAAGGAGCGACGACAACUAUGCGCGGUGAGCGAAGACCGUCAGAUUCAGAAUGAGGGUAGGAUGCUCGAGAAGGCGCAUCGCGAAAGAAGGAAGUUCCAGUUUUACAAGAUGGCGGCAAUCGGGCAUUUAGAAGAGGCUGUGACAUUAGCUGAGAAUUUUCAUGACAUGACGGCACUUGUAGAGCUUAUGGCCGAGGUGCAUGAUAAGAUUGAGCAAAAACACCCACAGAAAGCAGGGGAUCGAGCAGUACCUGGCCCGCGCGAGGAAGCAGUGAACCAAUGGCGGUCUAGGAUUGACAGCUACUUCACUAGGUACGGCGAGCCAUGGGCAGAUGCGUUUUUCACGAAGCAGAUUACCGCUGGACAGCCGGCCAUGCUGCUGAUUAUGCGAGAAUACAAGGAUGACGUAACUCGAUUCCUACGCAAGAGGCCUGGUUACGGAAAGCUGUCGUGGAUGAACGAAGUGCUGGGUGAGCGCAAUUACGACAACGCAGCGAAGAUCCUUACGGAGCUCGCGACCCAGCAUGAAACCAAUCUAUGGAGCAAGCGGGUGGAGCUUGCACUGGCGAAACUGUCUACCCUGGCAGCACGAGAGACCCAGACAGGGAUGCAGGUGAACCUGAGCUGCUUUGAGGACGAGACAGACUUGGCAAUAAUCCAGGAGUCUGUGUACGACAGCCUGCCGCAUCUGAACGAAGCCAUUGAUGAAAGCGCGCGACUGCAGAUAGCGAAUGACCAGUUUGCAAACGUUAUCGUGCGGUCGAAGCCUGCGCUGCGCGAGACCCUUCAGCGUGGCCUAGCGAAGCUAGUAACCCGCUGCCCGGUGCAGGGAGACGAGCUGGCGGACCUUUUGACGCUGAUGGACCCGAUUCCGGCGAUCGAACCCGCGGAGGAGAAUGAGGUAGCCGGCCACGAAUUCAGCCUUGCUCUGCGUGCCCUGAACCUCAGCGGCUCGGUCAAGGAAGACAGUGCGUACCGCGAGAACCUAGAGAAGAUUGUCUGGCGCCGCUGUAUGAUCCGGGACGACUGGGAACGCAUCAGCGCGACGGCCGGCAAGACAGACGAUGAGGUAGAGGCUGAGAUCCGUUCUACCGCACUUUUCAAAACGAUAAUGGACUAUACAAACGGGCUUGGUUUAGAUAGCGAGUCGAACCACCUUCACCGACCCACCGACAUCCUUGACAGAGUGGAUGUUCCUCAUAAGCUGGUCGCCCGGCUGCUUCCCGAGCAACGCGGCCACCUAUCGACAGAGCUCGACGGGGAGAACAGCCUGUUGAAGCAUUACAUAGAGAAGGGCAAGCUUGAGCACUGGUUCUCAUGGAUCAUCGAGCACGGCGUCCCAGGGGUGGUGGACUAA